AUCAAAGUUCAAAUAGACGCUUUUCAAAAUGGCGGCAGAACCUACACGAGAGUGGAGCGAUGAGCAGCUCAAAAAUGACGAUUUGCCCAAAAAAGACAUUAUAAAGUUUCUCCAGGACAAUGCUGCUCAGUCGUUUCUUAAUGAACACAAGUUGCUUGGAAACAUCAAGAAUGUUGCCAAAACCGCCAAGAAAGAACAACUGAUUGAUGCCUACAAUCAGCUAUUUCAGAGCAAAAGAUUUAAAGGCACAGAUCCAGUGGAAGAGGCCACAGAAAAAGUGAAAGCUGUAAAACUUGAGGAAAAGCCAAAAGAAAUCAAAACAGAAGUGGUGGACGAGGGUCCUCCGAAGUUCACCAAGUCCAUUUUAAAGAAAGGAGACAAGACUAACUUUCCAAAGAAGGGUGAGACGGUGAGCUGCUGGUACACUGGCACGCUCGAGGACGGGACUGUGUUUGACACCAAUGUUCCUGCAGGUGCUAGAAAGAAGAAGCAGGCAAAACCACUGAGCUUCAAAGUGGGCUUGGGCAGAGUCAUCAGAGGAUGGGAUGAGGCGUUGUUAACGAUGAGCAAAGGCGAACAAGCCCGAGUGGAGAUCGAACCAGAGUGGGCCUAUGGGAAAAAGGGAGUGCCUGAUUCGAAAAUUCCACCAAACGCCAAGCUCAUUUUUGAGAUUGAGCUUGUGUCUGUGGAUUAAUCUGCCUGUUGGGGAGUUAAUUUGUUGAAUGGAUGCACGGAAAGCCCCUUAAUUUUGGUUUGCAAGGUCACAUUUGUUAUGCUACUUUGGUUUUGUCAAAUGUACUGGCAAAAUAAGAAUGUUCAGACACAUUUUUUGCAUGUGAGAAAAUAAAUCUUUAUAACAUGUAACACA